AUGGCUGAGACAACCAAAGUGACAUUGAAACAUCUUUUAGACAUUUCCAAAACAUUGAAGAACAUUGUUUGUCGAUCUUUUGGUCCACGAUGUCAAACAACUCUCUUAGCAACGCCGACUGGUCAAAUUAUGGUAACUACGGACGGAAUAAAGAUCUUGAAAUCUCUAAACAUCGGUCAUCCUAUUGGACGAUUGAUUGUUAACGCUGUGUCAGCUCAUCAUAAUGUUAAUGCAGACGGCGUCAAAACUUUCCUUUUGUAUUUAUGUGAAUUUUUACAUCAACUUGAUAAAUUAGGAGAUAACAGUCCAAAAAACUUGAUAUCAGUGUCCAAAUCGAUUUCAAAAUUUAUGGAUGAAAUUUUACCAAAAUGUUUGGAAAAUUUCAAAUCAAAUGGAUUAUUUGAGUUGAAUUCCGAAUUAUUCUUUCCUCUAGAACUUGAUCAUUAUUUAACUGAUUUUAUCAAAACCACUUUAACUCCAAAUUUACGGAAAAAUCAAGUGAAUUUAUUUUCGAAAUUAUUUUCAAGUGUAAUUAUGAAUGGUUCAAAUUCAUUGACUAAAAUUCUUGAAAGAGCUGAUUUGUUUUGUGAUUUUUUUGAGUAUCUUCAUGUGAAAGGGACAGGACCUUAUUCAGACUCAAAAGUUAUAUCUGGGUUUCUUUUAAGACCCUUUUCAUGCAAUUUUCAUGAUGCUUCUAAGUCGAGUUUAAAUUUUGUGAUUUUACGAAAUUCAAUAGAAGGUAAUAAGACACCAGAACCUGAAGAAGUGGUCAGAAUAACAUCUGAAGAUUCAUUAAAUGCAACCAUCAUGUCUCCUAUAAAAGUAGCAGAAGAAUUUUUGAAAAAAUUAAAUUCGUCGUCUGUAGACCUGAUUCUAAUGAGUGAGAAAGUUCCGCAGUUUGUUUUAACCUUAUGUAGAAAGUAUCACAUCAGUGUAAUCGUGUGUCUGGAUGACCAAGAAAUAAAUCUUGUAGAAAUGUUAUCCAGUACCCCAUCUUUGUUAAGUGUUUUUGAGGAGAUUUCGGAAAGAAAUAUCGGACAAACGUUUGCAUGUGAAAGGAUAAAAUUUGGAAAGUGUGUGUAUACAAAUAUACAUUUUAACAAUUGUUUAUAUGUUAAGUCUUUUGUACUUUGUGGUCCUACUGAAGGCCUUGCUCAUGAGUUGUCUUCCUUGAUCUAUAAAUCAUUUAGAUCAAUUCAGGCAUCUGCUACUAAGAAAGAAGCAUCUUCAAUUUUAUCCAACCAUGUUACCAAGCAGACAAGCAUUUCUGACACAAAAGUUGCUAUCUCAGAAGACUUAAUCUCGAAACAUUUUGAGUCUUCUUCAACCUUAAAUGACAGAAAUUCUUUAACAAAGGCAAAUAUUUCUGAUGCCAAACUUGAUGAAAUGGAAGCAAGGAAUUUGGACUCUGCUAUGUUUCUUAGAAACAAAUAUUCUUCAAAAGAGGCAGAUAUUUCGUGCAGCCAAAUUACUGGCUCCGUUCAAAUGAAGACAGAAAAUGCUGUCCCCUUACCCACAGAAGUUGAUAUUUCUAGUGCUAGUAUUGUUGACAACUGGCCACAACAUUUCGACUCUUCUGCAACAAUAAAUGACGGUCGUAAUGUAAUUGAAAAAUCAGAAAAUAUCAGACAAGAAUCUACCUAUAAUACAUUGUUACUCCCUGCCGGUAGUUAUUUUGAAUUUCAAUUAGCAAAAUAUAUCAGGCAAUCAACUGAAAAUUUCAAAGAGUCUGAAUUUGGAGAUUUAGGAAAAUUGAUUUUCGAAACUCUUCUAGCAGUUCCGAGAUCUUUGCAUUCCAACUUAUGUGAGAGAAAUUCAAACGAUAAAAGACAUUUUUUAGAAAUUCUUCAAGAAGUUUUGAAUUCUGAUUCCAAUAUGUGCUUAAAUUCGAGAGGCCAUGUUUAUUGUCCUUCAGAAAACUUUGAUACAUUAGAAUCUUUUAAUUUAAAAAUGGCAACUUUAUGUAAUGUUUUACAAUUAAUUCAACAACUGUUAAGGUUAGAUUUGAUUAUUGGUGUGAAAUCUCUGAAACCUGAAUAA